AGGCGCUAAAAUAAAAGUCCAUUCUCUUUUUGAAAUAAAUAUAGCAAAAGUAAAAUAAAUAAUGAUCAAUCUUCUUUAUAACAAAUCCAAAUCCUCAGCUAAUAACAAAAGCACAAAAGAACAACAUCUGAAAUAAAGUGCCCUGUUUAAGAGGAAAUUUAAAAAUAAUUUGAACAGUAUUAUUUUUUUAGAUGGAUGUGUGGAUCCUCCACCACGCAGUGUGCAGCGGGGGCUUUACUUUGACUUUUAUGUUCCCAAAUACCAGAAAAAUCUCCAACAACACCAGAAAAAGUAGCUAGAUUUGUCGCUAGUCGCUUUUGAGAAAAUAUGUCGCCAUGAGGGUUUGGAAUGUUGCCAGGUCUAGCACAGAGGGGGGCGGGGCAGCAGCCCCGCUAAGGAGCGCUGACGCACACAGCAGAGCGAGACAGACUUCCGUGUCAAGAUACAAGAGAACAGCGCAAAUCCAGUCUAUAUUGAUAUGAACGCUAUGUUUGCAUUUGAUAUCGUGCUUAAAAGAAAUAUCGAUAUUUUGAAAAUAUUGAUAUCGCCCAGCCCUAGUUGUUGACCUUCGUGACUAGCAGUAGAAGGAGUUAUUAUGACGUAAGGCUUUAGCCUCUUCUUUUUGAAACAAUUAGACUCCUGUCUGCCUACCACAGGACGGGCUCUAGUCCGUUAUAGCUUAUGUAAUGUCUUGUCCAUGUGGGGAUCAUUGUCUCAAGUUGGGCUUGGAUUUUGGGCUUCCUGCUGGCAGCCAGCCAGCCACCAUCUUUUGUCUGCACCAGCAUCACAGUGUGCACUGCGGAGUUAUUCCUAGUGUCUUGCUGCUGUGUUUUGUUCACUGUCAGCUAAAAAUAAAUGCUUACCUACUUAGCCACGGGCCUCUGAUAUAUCAUAUUUUUUUGUUGCUUGUUUGAAGUUGUGAAAGCUGUUAUUGUUUCUGAAAAGCGUUAAGCAAGAGGGUUGUUUUGAUGGCUGUGUGUUGGUUGGUUAGUUAGCAGGAUCAUGGCAAAUUUUUAUGGGUUGGUCUGAGAAAGCAUGCAGACUCCACACAUAGAGGUUGAGAAUCAUACCCACAACCUUGUAGCUAUUAGGUAGACAUGCUAAACACAUACUUCACCGUUCUGUUGCCGGUGUCAUAUUUGAGGUGACUUACAUCAUUAUCAAAAGAUAAGUCUGGACUAACUUACAUUACAGACAAUUGUAAGAUGUAGAGCUGAAAUUAUUAAUCGAUGAUUAAUCGACACCUAUUUUGGUAAUUGAUUCAUUGUUUCAUUUAAAGAUGUACUGUAAAAAUCUGAUUUCAGCCUCUCAAAUGUGACUAUUUUUUAAAUUUCCUUAGUCAACCAUGAAAGCAGACCUAUUAUCUUUGUGUUUUAGGCAAAACAAGACAGUCACACACAUCAGCUUUUACCUUUGGAAAAGAGCAAUCAACGUUUGUGCGUCCUUCGAUAUCUUGUGAAGCAAACCACUGCAGAGAUGUGUGCGUAGCGUGCAUAACAACAUCCCCACGCAAAAUAUGGGAUUUAUCCAUUUGUACUUGUGCAUAGGAAAAUGCGUACAUUUGUGCACAACUCUUACCAUGCGUACACACAAAACCUAGUGGUAGAACAGUGAAACUAGAAAUAGCUAUGGCUAUGCCUGUCCAGCACAGGCCAUACCAUCUUGUUACGUGCUUCACAACUUGACCAUCAAACAAGACACAACGAACGAGCCAAUGGCAAACGCAAAGCCUGCCCCUAAAGUUUGUCUUUUUUAAUUUAUUUAUUGGUGAUGCACAUGUAGCAGUCAGUGCCAGUGACUCAUUGAUUUGCAAUAGAGUGUUUGUGAUGUUUUUCCGUUGAUUGUUUAUACUUCUCUACUUAAAUUUCGGUGUCAGAGAAAUUCCUCUUCCUUGCCCUCUUUGCUAUGAUUUUUUGGGAGGAAAAAAGUCCAUUCAUGCAUUCUUAAAGGGAUUGCGGUAAGAGGCGUAAAUUGAAAAUUUGUUGUUUUUUUAAAAAUCCGAUUCGAUUAAUCUAAAAAAUAUAAUUGACCGAUUAAUUGACUUAAAAUAAUUGUUAGUUGCAGCCCUAGUAAGAUGCCUUGUGGAGUACAUUGUGAUCGUAAACACAACUUUACAUUUCUAGUUUAUUAGUAUUAUCUUUUGCCUCAAUGUGCUUUGGCCCAGUGAAAGUGUAAAUAUCUCAUCAGUCAUACAAACACCUGCUGAGUAGAGGCAGGCAUGUGUAUUUGCCCUGGGAUCAGGGUCACCUCUGUCCCGGCUGUCUUGGGGUGGGGAUGAGAGACUUGCAAAGACCCCUUCUGGUCCACUCAGAACAAAGCAUUUCUUCAGAGCACACAUGUGAUACGCUUCACAGCAUACACUCGCGCAUGGAAGGCAAUCAGACAGCCACACAACAUGCAGCACGUAGACCAACUGCUCACUCAAUCAAAUGUUACAGCGUUUGAGGGUCUGAGUUUGGGCCAAGCGGAAAGGCAACCGGUUGCAUAUCUAAAUAAAAAAACAAAUUAAAUGUUAUUAAUGAAGCUUUAUGAUUGAUGUAAUUAGGUAGUUCAGUUGGACUCAUCAGUCAUUUUCCCUUGCUAAAGACCAGUUGUUAAUAUUAGAACCUUCACUAGUGUGUCCCGUCAUUAAAAAAACAUGCUUCGAGGAGAGUGAUGUGAUAUGCAGCUAUGUAAGAGGAGCAGCUAUGACAGUUGGCUCAGCGUCGCUAGCAGUUGCACACACACUCCCAGGAGAACAAGACCAGCCAUCUGCUGUUGACUGCAGCUCUGGUCCAGGCCUCACACACACACAUUCACACGUUUGUACACACAUUACCCAGCUCUCAGCUUUCCUACCAUCCCAUACACUCUGAUCUCACCCUCAAACCUCUCCUUCAGCACACGUCUGGGCGCCUCCUACCCUCCCGCUGCUAUUUUGCCAUCCUUUUCAGUUUGGUACAUCGCAGGAAGCCUCAGUCAUGGCUGUCUCUGCAGUCCAUCGGAAUAUUAUAGUGGAUUCUCAACUAGAGGAUUAGUUUGUGUAUUUUCAACUCCAUUAUUUGGUGAGGGGGUUUCUUAUUGAGAUGGUGAACGAGCAGUUGCACGUUUUCAGAUCUGUCGAGGCUUGCAUCAAUUGACGGAUCAAGAAGCCUACAGUGUGUCGGAUUCAUAGAGCUCCAUACUGGAGCAGAAGAUGUACUGGGAACUGUGGCUCAGCCAGGUCACGGCCAGUGCUGCGCUGCAAUGCAUGCUGGUCCAGAAAAAAGAAGCUCUCCACAGGCCGUUCGGCCUGGACUCUGCGGCCCUGACAGAGGCGGUACGCUGGAGCUCCAAGGAAAACCUGCUGGGAGCGGCUGAGAGCGACCCCAACCUGUUUGUUGCACUUUAUGACUUUGUUGCCAGUGGAGACAACACGCUCAGCAUCACGAAAGGCGAGAAGCUGUGUGUGUUGGGCUACAACCAGAAUGGAGAGUGGAGCGAGGUUCGCUCUAAGAACGGCCAAGGUUGGGUCCCGUCCAACUACAUUACGCCUGUCAACAGUCUGGAGAAACAUAGCUGGUACCACGGACCCGUGUCUCGCAGUGCCGCCGAGUACUUGCUGUCGUCUCUCAUCAAUGGCAGCUUCCUUGUCCGGGAAAGUGAGAGCAGUCCCGGACAGCUGUCCAUUUCCCUCCGCUAUGAGGGGAGAGUCUACCACUACCGGAUCAACACUUCCUCAGAUGGCAAGGUAUAUGUGACGUCUGAGAGCCGCUUUGCCACCCUGGCCGAGCUGGUCCACCACCAUUCCACAGUAGCCGACGGCCUGGUCACCACACUGCACUACCCAGCGCCCAAGUGCAACAAGCCCACCGUGUACGGCGUGUCGCCCAUCCACGACAAGUGGGAGAUGGAGCGUACCGACAUCACCAUGAAGCACAAGCUGGGAGGAGGCCAGUACGGCGAGGUGUACGUGGGCGUGUGGAAGAAAUACAACCUCACAGUGGCGGUCAAGACACUCAAGGAGGACACCAUGGAAGUUGAGGAAUUUCUGAAAGAGGCUGCUGUAAUGAAGGAAGUAAAACAUCCAAACCUUGUUCAACUUCUAGGUGUGUGUACUUUGGAGCCUCCGUUUUACAUCGUGACCGAGUACAUGCCACAUGGCAACCUUCUGGACUACUUGAGAGACUGUGACAAGGAGGAGGUGAAUGCUGUGGUUCUGCUCUACAUGGCCACACAGAUCUCCUCUGCAAUGGAAUACUUGGAGAAGAAGAAUUUCAUCCACAGGGAUUUAGCGGCGAGGAACUGCCUGGUUGGGGAGAAUCAUGUUGUUAAGGUGGCAGACUUUGGUCUUAGCAGGUUGAUGACUGGCGACACCUACACUGCGCAUGCUGGGGCCAAAUUCCCCAUCAAAUGGACCGCGCCCGAGAGCCUUGCCUACAACACCUUCUCAAUCAAAUCUGAUGUAUGGGCUUUUGGGGUCCUGCUGUGGGAGAUUGCCACCUACGGUAUGUCUCCGUACCCAGGCAUUGAUUUGUCUCAGGUCUAUGACCUUCUGGAGAAGGGCUACCGCAUGGAACAGCCCGAGGGAUGCCCGCCAAAGGUCUAUGAGCUUAUGAGAGCAUGCUGGCAAUGGAGUCCAUUAGACAGGCCAUCUUUUGCAGAGAUCCACCAAGCUUUUGAAACUAUGUUCCAUGACUCCAGCAUCUCAGAAGAGGUGGCAGAGGAGCUCUGCAAGACAGCCUCCUCUGGUCGCAGUGGUCCACUUCACUCGUUGAGCCAUGACACGCCCCUGUUACCUUCCAAAUCUCGUGCACUCCUCAAGCACACGGAAAACAAGGAGAAUAUCGAGGGUGGGCUGGACGGGCGGCCAGACCACGGCACUCACAGUCCCUCAGGCUGGACUUCUUUGUUGGGAGGCGACGGACGCUCAAGCAGCUCCCCAGCACUACCCCGAAAACAGCAGCCACGUGAUAAAUCACCCAGCAGCCUUUUAGAGGACACACUGGACAUGGGGACGUUCACACGAGACCGCAAGACCAGCUUCUUCAGCUCCUUCAUAAAAAAGAAGUCAUCGUCGUCUUCCUGCUCACCAUCCUCCCAGCACCAACAGAACCUCCCGACGCCUCCCAAAAGGAGCAGUUCCUUUCGAGAGAUGGAGACGCAACCCCACAAGAAAUAUGAGCCCACUGCUGAUUUCAGCGCUCCACCGCCGCUGCCACAGUCAGACAGUAUAGGGGGCUUCUCUGCCUCUCCUUCUCAUUCCCAUGGAGAGCCCGCGCAGGCUCAGUCACGCUGCUGUGGAGCGGCAUUUGGACAGAAGCCUUCUGGUGGAGGAUUUGUUUCACAGGUAACAAGCGGCAGCAGCUGGGGAGGACUUGCCGGCUUUUUUACCCCCAGGCUUAUCAAAAAGACCCUUGGGCUACGGACAGGAAAGGCGGUCUGCUCAGGGGAUGGUGGAACCAUGGUGGGAGGGCCUAAACCCUUACCUAGGUCCAAUUCUACCUCCUCAAUGUCAUCUGGGUUGCCAGACUUGGAGCGUAUUGCCCUGACUUUACCCAGGAACCGCAGUGCUAAAACACCUCUGGAGAGAACUGCCUCCACAACCUCCCAGCCAGAGAAUGGGACCACACGGCCCACUGAAACUCUGCUCAGGAGGAUGGAUGAGGGGACCGCACAGAUCAGGGAAAGACCCAAAGCCAAGCUGCUACCCCGAAGCACUGCUUCAGAAGGGAGGGCCGCAUGUGUGGGUGGGGAAGUCGGGGAAUCCGACGGCGUGUGUCGGGUGAGAGAGGAGGGCGUACAGCAGAGCUGGUCGUCCCCCUCUAAGACUUCUAGUUCAGCUGCUGCAGGUACACAAACUCACAACCACAAAGUUCCAGUUCUCAUAUCCCCCACGUUGAAGAACAGCCCAGGGGACGUACACCUCGUCGGGCUGGACUCUCAGGGGAACCGCUUCAAGCUGCUGUCCGAUCACCAGGCGGACCGGGACAGGCCACGGCUAGUCAAACCCAAAUGUGCCCCACCGCCUCCGCCAACCUUACGCAGCAUGCAGCACUCCUACAGCAGUGAGGGAGAAGAGCAGGUAGUAGCCACACAGGUCGAAAUCAACGGAGACACUUUAAAAGGUCAUAAGUCAGGGCGGUUGUCAGGAGGAGUGACCAUGUGUAGACCGACAGUUCCACCACCACAAGUGCCUGCUGCUUCCUCCCCUGCCAACACAACUCCCACUAAAAUGGCCAACGGAUCACCCAGCACCACCUCCUCCUCACACUCCAAAGUGGGACUGCGGCGAACCAGACAGCAGUCAGAAAGAGUGCCGCUGGAGCGUGUGAGCCGCGAGGCCCUACUGGAGUGCGCCGAGUGCUUGAGCAACGUCCUCCACAGCAGCCCCGAAAGCCCUUCCAGCAGCCAAGUACUGGACGCUGGCCACCAGCUGCUGGACUACUGCUCUGGUUACGUGGACUGCAUCCCCCAGAUGAGGAACAAGUUUGCCUUCCGGGAGGCGGUGGGGAAGCUGGAGCUCAGCCUGCAGGAACUGAGGGCCUCGUCUUCAGGAGGUGGUGGGGGGCUGAGCUGCGUGGGGUCCAAUGCCGUAAUAGACAACCUGCACAGCUGUAUCAAAGAGAUUAGCGAUGUAGUUCAGAGGUAGCUGACACUAACACAGCAAGAUUCUCUUUCUGAUUCCUUUAAUACCGUAUUGACCCAAAUAUAAAAUGACUGAAUAUAAUACGGCACCCUCUUUUUCAAGUUUAAUAUUUCAUUCAUCACAUUACAUUAAUCAUAUUUUUUUUAGCUGCUCCUCCUCUGUUGUCUGCUGAGUGUGCAUUCACACUUCUUGUCAAACAAACAAACUCCAGUGCAUUUGCGCCGCCAGUAUGGUUUGUUUUGAUCUCGUGUGAACACAACAUGCAAGUGGACAGAGACUGCUUGAGAGAUGGUUCUUGGUCCACUUGCAAGUAAACUGUUUAAAAGUAUAUUUGAAAUGAAAUCCAAGCUGGUAAAAUUAACAUAAUAUAAAAGUAACCUUCAUAUUCAACACAAGAGACAUCAUUUUGGUCGGGAAUAUUUGAGUUUUGUUGCAUGACAUGUCACGAAAGCUGCCCAGUCAAGUCCUUCCUUGAUGCAUGUUUUUUACUGCGCAGGCUUUGAUCCCUUGACAAAACACCAGUGUGAAAGCUAAACGAACCACACUAAAGUGCACACCAUUAUCUUCUUUUUUAUUUAUUUUUUAUUUUUAUUUUUUUAGUACCGAACCACGUGUGAAUGACAGCUGAAAUUACAGCAAAGGGUGUGUUGAAGUGACAAAGAUAUAAGAGAAAAUUAGGUGUGCUGCAACAAUUCUGUUGUUUUGCAUUAUUCUGUCGACUGCAAAUAUAAGACAACCUGUCAUUUUCAGACUGUUUUCAAGAGUUUAAAAAAUUAUGUAAUAUUCGGGUCAAUGCGGUAGGUUUGGGAGGGUGUGGUAAUAAAAUGAGAACAAUGUGUAAAGUACCUCAGAGAAAUCACUACAAAAUCUUUUUAUUGUUUACAAGCAGAAAAUGCCAGUGUGGACAUGUCCGUUGUACAUAUAGGGGACUGCUUAUGCCAAACUAAAUCUGGUGAAAUGUUUUCCAGGCGGUCGUGAAAUGAAUGUCAAGUGUGUGUCACCAGCACAGAUUGUUGCUCAAGUCAACACUCACUCUGCUUAUGUAUGUGUGUCUGUUCAUUGUGCUCAGCCUUACUGACGAUACCAGACCGACAUUUCCCUCCUUCUGCCAAGCUACGUGUUUCAUGUAUGUGUGAUUCAUUGGUCGGGUGCACUGUGUUUCUCUGAGCAUUUUGCUGACUGUAGAGCAACUGAGGGACCAUAAGGAUUUCCUGAAAGCCAUCUUAACCAAGUAACAGAUGUGAGGUAGCGAAACACAGAUCAGUUUUAAUGAAUAGGAAUACAAAUGUGGCCACAGUUUUGUUUGCAACAUGUUCGCCUUUUGUGCAUUUAUUGUAGGGAUGGGCAUUUGACUGCGUUUUAUGGCUUGAUUAUGGGAGAAAUUACUGAUCAAUUAACUGUAAUUGUUAAAUACUGAGGUUGGAGAAGCUCUCCAUGUUCUGAACCCCUAUUUCCUUGCUAGUGUUGUAUUGAGCAGACUGGACUACUUGAAACUAAAUAAACAGCACCCCUGAUGGUUGCAGCCAAGUGGUGAACGCUGUUUCGCCUCAGUUGUUUGAAGAGAUGAUUAAUCAACAAUCAAUCUAGUAAUUGAUUAUUAUGCCCAUCCCUAGCUUAAAAUAAAACUUGCUAUCUCAAUAUGGGCCAAAAAUUGUCAGUUCAUGGAAUUGUUUUUUGUUUUGUUUUUUUACUCUAAUUUUUACAUUCACUUGCAUAUUUAAAUGCACAAGAUGUCCGGUGGGAUAUAUUCUGGUUGUCUAUGUCUAUGCAUUUCUUUUUUUGUUUGUUUGUUUUUGUCGUAGGAAAACACAAAUGAUACCAAAAGACCAAACACAGGCAACUCAAUUGAAAAUGUAAGUAAAUAUAUAACAAUUUCUAUUUCCCCACACUACUCAUGCGUUGUUUUUUUAUGCACAGCAUUUUUUCCUUGAAUGAAUUUCACACCUGCCAAGUCCUCAAAGCAUUUCAGUAUUUAUACCGGGGAAAUCCGUUCGCACAACACUUUAUCCUGGCUUCGCAAAAAGAGACUCAACAGGAGCACAGGGUAGCGCACAUACUGUAUGAGCAGGCCAUUUAAGGACGGCUUUCCUUCCAAAUGUCCUUGCUCGUUAUGGACAGUGCAGGACUCAAGUGGCCUCCGCGCCUCGCACGUCUUCAGUGUAUGAAACCCAGCAUAAACACGCUAAUCGCACAGUACAUGGCCUCUCUAUUGGCUACCUGCAGUAUGUCAUCAGCACAUGAGCAAUUUGUACAUGUAUUUGAUUUAAAGAAAAAUGAUUUCUAGAAUGUUAAGGUAUGAACUUGAAUUUUAAAUUAUUGUUUUUUUUAAUUAAUUAAAAGCACAGAGCUAUUUUGGAACUAAUUAUGUAAAUAUUUGUUUUAUUUCAUAUCAAAUGAUUUAUGUGUAGCCACAAAAGAAAGAGUUUUAGACUGAGGCGUAUCCAUCUGAACAUCUGCUUUUUGAAUGUAUUCUUCAGUUCUAUUCAUCAGCAGUCAAUAUCUCAUCUCUCAAGGUGCCAUUACUUUUAUUUUUUACAUCUAUCACUGAACUUUCAGUCACAAUAGAAAAGUCCAACCUGCUCUGUUUUAUUGAGCACAAUUUGCAAGUAUUGUACAUGCAUGCACGAACACACACACGCACACACACAGCUUAAUGUACACUGGAUACGGCCUCAGGCAAUAUGGUGUAUCUACACAAAUGUCCAUAUGGGAACACUGUAGGGCCAUAUAUUCACACAUACUGUGACUCUCAAAUAAUGUUGUUUUUCAGUGAUUAUUAGUGCCUUUUGUGAGAAAACUUGCAAGAAUCCACAGCAUGUCAUGUGCCAUAUUUCCUUUGCUAUGCCAUAACUUUUAUUACAACUGAGCUAUUGUGCUGGCUGAAAUAAGUCAUUUUAACCUAUGUGUGAUCAUCUCUUGAAUUAAAGCCUUAUCAAAGAUUGAGAUAAAGAUGUUUGUCACCUUCACAUACAUUGACGUGAUAAUAAAUACAUGGGUUUUGAAUAAAUUGAGCUCCGGUUUUGCAGUUUCUUCAUAGCUGAAAUGUCCUCACUAUACUUUUUUAUCACUCGUGCAUUCAUUACCUGCAAUUGUCCAGUGGUUUUAUUUUCAAAACUUUUACUCCUUGUCUUCUUGGAAAGUGCUCUGCAGCUCACAUGCACACGUCACUAUACCAAAGUGGUCUAAGUACAAUGAAAUCAGACAUGUCAUAAUGCAAUAUGUGAAUCUAUGAAUGAAUUUAACAAGAAAACAUGUUAACACAAACUUUUAUAUUGUGCAACCUAUAUAUGCUUUUUUAUUUAAAGCUCACAUUUUACUGUGAAGUUUUGUUCAUCGGUGUUGAGUCUAUUGUAAAUAAUAAAGAUGUUGAUGAAUAUUGUAUCCCUUUGCAUAUUUCAUUGGCUUUUUAAAGAUAAAUAAGAUAAU